GUCGAGAUGAAACGUGCGGAGGUACUAGUUGCUCCCACAGAACAAGAGAAAAAUGGCUCAGCAGGUCCAUCGAGAACAGGAUCGUCAGGUGGAAACGGAACAACGACAAUGGCCAAUGGGACAGUUACAUCGACGAAUCUACCACGACCAGCGACAGGAGCAAUCUCAAAUUCUCGUCAAGCACAAUCCCAUCAACCACAUCAACUACCUAAUUCUUCAUCUUCAAGCGAGAACAAGAACAUGAACGAGAACAAGAACACGCCCUUAGAUGUUGACAUGAUAUCCUCGGAUUCUGAUUUGUUUUCUCCAGAGUUGGACUCGGAUGGCGAAGAUGCGGACAUUGAAGACGCCAUGGAGAUGUUUUUCAAUAGCGGACAUGAAGAAUUUUUUAUGGAUCUGGAUGGUGUUCUACUUUGUUCCAUCUUUUUUACGACCAAAACCAUCGCGGCUGACCCUUCGUUUCCCCUUAUUAAAACUGUAAAUAUAGAUACUUAGGUCUACUAUUAAGUUGCCUCAAGUAGAACAAAAUUGAUAUUUAGGUUACUGGGGAGCCUCGAUGGUCUGGCCAGAUGGAAAAAAUCGUCGUCCAUACUCUUGACUGAUUUAGGCUUGGACAAGAAUGGAAAAGAGAUGAUCAAGCCAAGGCCAAGGUUGGCAAUGAGUCUAUUUGGGGAUGAUAGCGAUGACGAUGAUGAUCUUCCAAUUGCAAGUAGGAAUGGAAAAAGAAAUAAUGGACCUGGAGGACAGAAGCAGCUUACAAACAGUAACCAGGGGAAUAACAUCAACAUGAUGGUGGAAAGAGGUGCAGCAUCUACUUCAUCAAGAACUGUUGUUGACGGAAAACUACCAUUUGCUGCAGCAGGAGCGAAAAGGAGACAAGUAUUCAACUUCGUGCAUUUUCAGCAAGCGAUAAGCCCACAAGAGCAGACUUUUCUGCGGAUGAUGGAAGUACUUCACGACACGGUGCUAGAAGAAGAAGAACAGAUCAAUGCCUCGGGUGCUUGUACAGGAGCCCAAGAAAAUGAAAAACCCGAAGGUGAUGUUGAUGCAAAAGCAAAAAUGGGCGAUAAUAUUAAAGAUCAACAACAACAAAAGGAGAAGAACGAUGUAGAAAAACGCGAUCAGACACGACAAGCAGCAGGAGCUGUCGAAGGUCACGCGACCACAUCUUCGGGUUUAAAUAGAAGUGCAGAAACAGGCAGGAACGCAUCUAAAAAGUCCUCAAAAAUGCAUCUUGCAUUAACGCCUGAUGUUGAUGAAGUAUUGGCACCAGCGUCCAAGGUGAACAGUAAGGAUGGCCCAACAACAUCAACCAGUGGUGUCUCAACAAGCGACGCAAAUGAUGGAAAGCCAGCUGACGAAGCAUCAAUUAUAGCUUCUUCGAAAAACACCACAAAAAACACCACAAGCCCUAGUAGCGCACCAUUUGCGAAGUCGAUACGUGUUGCAGUGGACGUGAUUAGAACACAGAUCGUGGACGUUGGAGAAAUGACUAAAUUCCUGGUGUGCAUCAAAGAGUCUCCGCUAAUGCAGGAACAUACAGAGGAGCUGCUGUUGGAAGUUGCCGAAUGCUACAUGCAUAAAAUCGCGCUGGAUGAUGGUACAACUAGUUGUAGCAGGAUAGGAAGAACAAACUCUUCAGUGCUUUUCUAUACCAACACCUUCACCUACACCUAGUUAACUGAUAAAUAGUCACUAAUUCUUGUUGUUACAGCACUAUAAUUAUAGAAUCUAUAAUCUUAUAAUCAUAAAACAUACUCUUCAGUGAACAAGCAACGGAAGCCGUGUAUGUUGAAAUGCGAAGGUAAAGAGUUUGGUGCUGUUCUUGGCCGCGUCUUCUUCCAAGACUUGUGCUUGCCCCAUCUCUUAUUAUGACUUCCGGAAAUGAUCCUGCAUGAUCUUCAGAAGCAUCUUGGACCUCCCGUGAUGUAAGGGGGAAACGGGUCCAAGAUUUGACUUUUAAAAUGGGAAUGGUCCAAGAAGAUGACUCUGAAGAUGGAUUCCGAUUCCCGGAAGGUCUAAUCUUACGACCGGCUCCGAGGCGGCGUACAUUGGCGUGGAAGUUUCUAGUCGUUAUUUCAAGACUUGUAGGAUUCUGGACAAGCUCGGACGAACACAGAAGCCGCA